AAACAAGCUGGAGGGACGACUAAAGUGGAAAAUUAGUCUCUGCUGCGACUCACUUCUCCUUCUUCUUCUAGCUCGAACCUAUCAAUCUCUGCUUCAUUCCGAUUCCGAUUCGAUUUGAGGAGCGGAUACUGGAAAAUCAUACAUAUAUCAAAAAAAUUCAUGGAAUCUUGAUCAUUGAAAAUGGAUGCGCAUUUCUUCGUUUUGCUUCUGUGUAUAGCUUUCCUUUCCGGGACUAGAUUCUCUAAGGUUGAUGGAGAGGCACAACUCAUCUCCAAUUUGACCAAUCCAAGUCUACCUCAGAUUGUAACUGACUCCAAGAGUAGCGAUCAUUCUACUAACACCACCGAUCAAUUAAGAUCUGAGACUAAACCUAGUGAUGGAGAUAAGAAGGAGGAAGAAGGUUCAAGGAAGAAACAAGGUGAAGAGUGUGAUCCAUCUUAUAUGUGUUCUGAUGAGCAGAAUCUGUUUCUCGCUUGUCUCCGUGUCCCUGGUGAUGAUGCGCCUCAUCUCUCUCUCCUGAUUAAGAACAAAGCUAAAACUGUAUUGGAUCUUACUAUAACUGCUCCCACUUUCGUCCGCUUAGAGACGAGUAAAGUUCACCUUCUUGAAAGCCAAGACACCAAGGUGAAAGUCUCUAUUAAGAAAGGAGGGUCUAACGAUAGUGCGAUCAUACUCACUUCAAGUAACGGUGGUCAUUGCAGCCUUGAUUUUAAAGAUUUAGCCGCUGCAGCACAUGAUACAGGAGACCACGAUGCAGUGUCUGUUUCUCGCCUUUCGUUCCUUAACAUCAGCUCGCGGACACUCAUUGUCAUCGCCAUGAUUUCUUUCCUAGUUCUCUCCCUUGUUGUCAUUCCAGUGAUCUACCACGUUUACAGAAGCAAGUCGCAGGGGAAAAGCAAAUACCAGAGGCUGGACAUGGAGUUGCCAGUCUCUAACAACGCGUUGGUGUCGAAAUCGGAUCAAGAAAGUGGUGGUGAUGAUGGAUGGAAUAAUAACUGGGGAGAUGAUUGGGGAGAUGGUGAUGAAGAACAGCCGGUGAUGCCACUCACACCGAGUGUUUCCUCUAGAGGACUUGCUCCUAGACGACUCACGAAAGAAGGUUGGAAAGAUUAGCUUUGUACUAUGUUUUUUUUCUCUUUUGUUUUCCUCGGAGUCUGAUAUUAGUACAAGUUGCCCGGAGAAUUUGACUUCGAUUUGGUAAGAAAAUUUGUGGAAUGUUUUUUGUUCAUGUAUAAGUAAGUGAAAAAACCCAAGCAUGCAUCUCUUUUUACUUUUGGGCCUUUUUUUUGUUUCUGAGUUUGAUGAGCUUCUUGUUUAUAGGCUUAAUUAGUCUUUAUAAGUAGGCCUUUACACCUGGGCAUGUAUUGUCAAAGUAGUAACGGUGGCAAGCUGAUAGAAUAUUAUUGUACAUUGUGUUCACAUUAUUGUUUGGCUCAAAAGGAAAGUUAAGAUUACAGCCAAGCUUAUAAUAAAU